GAAAUUUUACGAGCAGUUCGGCAAGUGCCUGAAGCUGGGCGUCCAUGAGGACUCCACCAACCGCACCAAGGUGGCAGAGCUGCUGCGCUACCACACGUCCAAGUCUGGGGAUGAGCAGAUCAGCCUGAAGGAGUACGUUGACCGCAUGAAGGAGGGUCAGAACGACAUCUUCUACAUCACAGGCGAGAGCAUCGCUGCAGUGUCUUCCUCUCCUUUCCUGGAGACCCUGCGCAAGAAGGGCAUCGAGGUGCUCUACAUGAUCGAUCCCAUCGAUGAGUACUCAGUCCAGCAGCUCAAAGAAUUCGACGGCAAAAAGUUGAAGUCGACAACAAAGGAAGGUUUGGACAUCGAGGACGAGGAUGAGAAGAAGAAGCUCGAGGAGAUGAAGGCCGAGUUUGAGCCUUUGACCAAGCUGAUGAAGGAGGUCUUGGGCGAUAAGGUCGAGAAGGUCAUCGUCUCUUCCAGGAUGGCCGACUCCCCAUGCGUGCUGACCACCUCCGAGUACGGUUGGUCCGCCAACAUGGAGCGCAUCAUGAAGGCCCAGGCCCUGCGCGACAACAGCAUGACCUCUUACAUGGUCUCCAAGAAGACCAUGGAGGUGAAUCCCAAGCACUCCAUCAUGGCAGAGCUGAAGAAGAAGGCUGCUGCUGACAAGAGCGACAAAACGGUCAAAGAUCUGAUCUGGCUCCUCUUCGACACCUCCUUGCUCACCUCGGGCUUCAAUCUCGACGAGCCCACGCAGUUUGCUGGCCGCAUCCACCGCAUGAUCAAGCUCGGCCUCAGCAUCGAUGAUGAUGACGAGGGCCUGGGUGACGACGACGACCUGCCGCCGCUUGAGGAAGUCGAGGGCGCUGCGGACGAGGCCUCCAAGAUGGAGGAGGUCGACUAA